AUGGAGAUCCUAGGAGGCCGCAAAAGCGACAGCUCAAGGGUUCCAGUAACUCAGCUAGCGGAGAAUCAAGGACUGGUGUUGUUCUUCUGCUCUUUCCUAGCCUUGAGAUCCGAGAACGUGGUGAACCCUAUAGUAACAAUUAAGGAUUAUGAUAUACACAAGGAAGAUGAAUUGUUUGCUGGGCGCAUCAUCGACCAUCAUUACGAGCACGCUCUUCGGUUGUUCCGCGAAAGAGACACCGGCGUUGUAAGACUGCAAGCUUCGGCGCAAACCGGUGCCCUACAAAGGAAUCCAAUGUGGACAGCACUCAUCACCCACCAGAUGGAUUCUCCCACAUGGCUAUCGCGUGACAGCCCUCGUGUAGUUCAUAUUGUGGAGCUACAACCAUACAUUCUUACAGAAGAAUACGACCCUCAAAAGACGACGCCUGGCGCAUUUGAUCUGACCUUCAUCAUGCACCGCGAUGCCAAAGACUUCGUGAGAGCAAUCAGGUCUCUUCGCAGUGUGGAGAAAAGCCGACAUGGAGCAGAAAUUGUAGAGAAGCCUGAUAUCAGUUGA